GAAUCAUCUACGGGGAAGAGUGCUGAGAAGCAAAAUGAGUAACACACUCGAGUUACAGCUGAUUAUACGUGUUGAGAGACUGAAAUUAACAAAUCUGUCAUAAUACCUGACUCAGUAGUUUACAACACAUUUUUCGUAUUUGAAUUACCUUUAUAUUUCCGGGGAAAAGAAACACUCAAAACCUGACUUAUUGGGGUGGUGCUACUGAAAAAUAUCAAACUUCCUUGACACUACUCAGAGGCGUGGUCUCGUAAUAGCGUAGUCGGCUUGUUGUUGGUUGUACUCUGGGGGAAAUGCAAAUGUAAUAGAAGUUAACCGGGCUUCGUAAGGUGCCAGAUGAAGGCACAGUUCUUAGUAGUGCAGAAACAGAGGAUGAACACAUAUCUUAGUGGCUCCUGAGUAUUACCACACACAAGGAAAAGACAUAUGAACAAAUGCCAGAUCAGCACCUUUAUGCAGAACUGUGCAGUAAGAACAUGGACAUUUCUGCAACUUUUUGUAACCUCAGAUUUCGCAUUAGUAAGUUCCAGGUUAUUCCUGUAAUGGUGCUUGUUUAAGCCAUGGGGAGUGGACAGUCACUUGGACUCCCUCAUGGAAAAGGGCCUCAUCAAGUAGGCUGCACAGAUGUCAUGGCAGACCAUACUAGGAAGGGCUGUUUUUUCAGACUUUACUACCCUUGCCACCCAAGUGAGAUCCGCGAGGAGCCUUUGUGGAUGCCUCGAUAUGAAUAUUGCUGUGGCCUCGCAGGUUAUGUCAAUUUAAAUAUCGGCUGGUGUGCUCCAAUCCUUAGUAUGACUUUUGGUUCGUACAGGGUACCUGUGUGCUGGAAUGCUGCCGUGAAACAGGAUGAUAAAUUUCCAUUGAUUAUCUUUUCUCAUGGCCUUGGGGCUUUUCGGACAGUAUAUUCUGCUGUUUGUAUGGAAAUGGCAUCUUGGGGGUUUCUAGUGGCUGCUGUCGAACACAGAGAUCAGUCAGCUUGUAUGACUUAUUAUUUUAAACCCAAGUCAGAACAUGAGCAGCAAAAUGAAAACACGACUCCUGAGACAACCUCAUCACAGUACCAGCUACAAGAAGAAUGGCUUCCUUUUAGGAAACUUAAGGAAGGCGAAAAAGAAUUUCGUCUUAGAAACCCACAGGUUCAUCAACGUGCAAAUGAGUGUGUUCGAGCACUCAAACUUCUGAAGGAGAUUAACAGCGGCAAGUCUGUUGAUAAUGUGCUGCACAAGGACCUGGACCUCUCUAUGUUGAAGGGUCGAAUUGAUUUCAACAAUGUUGCUGUUAUGGGACAUUCAUUUGGUGCUGCUACAGCUAUACUGGCGCAGAAGAAACAUGAUGACUUCAAGUGUGCUGUAGCACUUGAUGCAUGGAUGUUUCCACUGGAGAAUCAGCUGUACCACAAGUUUAUAAAACCUAUAUUUUUCAUCAAUUCUGAGAGAUUCCAGACUGCUGAAAAUGUAAUAAAAAUCAAGCGACUGUGCUCCACCAACAAACAGAUAAAGAUUAUAACCAUACUUGGAUCCGUGCAUCAGAGUCAGACAGAUUUCACCUUUCUCACAGGACAUGUCCUUAGCAGAAUAUUUCAAACUAAGGGGACCAUAGAUCCAUAUGUGGCACUGGAGAUCAACACCAGAGCUGCCCUUGCAUUCCUGAAGAGACACCUUGACUUAAAAGAAGACUUUGGGCAGUGGGAUGCGCUUGUUGAAGGCCAUGGAGAACAUAUCAUUCCAGACACUCCAUUCCAGAUAUGUAGUCUUUAGAGAAGAAUUCAUGUAGCUGUGAAAGAUUUUCAUUUACAUAAGUCAUCAACCUUCACUGUGCAGAAUUUAUUGCUGACAAACUUUUUCUUCCAAAACAAAUGAGCAGGACAGCUGAUAUUAUCACCACCUUAAGGAAUGAAUAAACAGACUGUAACAAGAAUGAAAUAUGCUUGAUUGUUACUAAUCAGGCCACAGUGCAGAUAACAUGUUAGAUCACAUGUUAACUGUUCACUAAGCUGUGAAAUACAAACUUUUCAUACAUGCAUUAAAUUAUUCAGCUUGCAUUCUUCAUUUACGAGUGAUAAUUUACAGUUCCAGCAUUUGUUGCUGUUGUAUGCAGUCCAGGUCCUGUAAUAUCUGAAGAAAACAGUUGCAUAACCUCAGUGUAAAUUUAACCUUGCCACCUUCCGCACAUUUUAAGCACCAGUCCCUGUCUUUUGCUACAGCAAAUCAGAUCUGAGUCCCGUUCCUUCUUACUGUGUAGAUGAGAACUGUUUUAAUGCCAGUGUGUACUGUCAUGAUGCAUGCUGUUCCAAAAUAAACUUAGUAUCAAGCACUGUGA